AUGCGCCUCGUCGAGGCGAUGGACGCAUCGCCGAUUGGCAACUGGAUGGACGCCGAGGCAGUCCUGGAGCUACAGGCCAUGAAGGAGGAGACCUUGGCGCGGAUCGAGGAGGAUGGCCUGGAGGCUGAACCGGUUGCACCCGUCUCAUCGAGUCUGGGCGAGGACUUCACGGCUCGGGGCUUGCUGGUCACGCCCAAGAGCGAGGAAGAGCUGAGGCGGUGGCUCUCCGGCCAGCGACUGGGUGGGCAAGAAGCCGGUGACUUCCCCUUCGAGAACAGGAGACUGCGAAAGGCACCGCCCAAGCUGCCCAACACCGGCUUUCCCUACACGAAGGAGGAAGCCGAGAGGGCUCAAGAAGAGAACAUGAUCGCGUACCACGAGCAUCAGUACGAAAUUGACCAGCGCGGUCUUGAUGUGAUGCUGGGAUUGCCCUUGCAGACUCCGGAGGGUGAGCUUGGAGUGGCCUUCCCACCUGAGAACCUGCCAAAGGUGCAGGUCGGUGUGAUGGAAGACGAGAACGAGGUCGUCAUCGGCUUCAUUGGUUGGUACGGGCACGUCUCGCGCAUGCUCGUGUUUCACUGGUGCAAUUCUCCAUUGAAAGACAAGUGGGAGGAGAUAAAUGCUGUCUACGAUGCUGCGGAAGCCAUCGAGGGAUGGAUGCCGCUCUCCCUGGCCAUGUCCGUGGUCUCCACCCGCCACUUCGAAGUGAUGGCGCGGGAGCCUUCGGAGCCGUGGUCGGUGGCUGCAACCGGCAAGUCUCCACCGCUGGGUGGUCCUGUGUGGCGAGCGAUUGCCACUGCGCGACAGGUGAUCGAGGCGUAUCGGCUGCCGAAGCCUCUUGUUCGACUUCCCUGCAACUGA